UUGUACGUGCGGAACUGCAAGGAGAUACAAUGUUUAUUUAACGUUUAUGGAAGGAGUCUCCAGUGUCAGCGCUUUGUAACAGCCAGAGGUCAAGCGGUAACUUUAAGUUUUCGGACAUAUUUGAACUCUUUGUGGUUUCUUGGUAAGCUGCGAGAGAGAGAGAGAGAGAAUAGAGAGAGGACGGUGAGGGAGCGACUGUUUACAGCUGCUAUAACGCAAUGUCGGACAUUCCUCCAAAGCAGUGGUGAAUUGAAAAAAAAGCUUGAAUGGGGAAACCGGAAGAGUGACUGCAUCCCAGAGGAACUACACGACCCAGAAUUCAACUCUGCUCUCACCCUGUUUGAAGGAACAAACUCUGUGCCACUUUCUCUGCCUUUAGCCUAAAACUUACAGCCAGAAAUAUCCAAAAGCCGAUGCUGUCACCGAGGAGGAUUAAUGUGGCUCCAAAACCGAUGAAUGUGGAAGCCUUUAAGCGCUCCAAUUAACUAAGUGGUCUGAAAGAGAAACGUGAACAAGGCCUCUCCGUCUCUGGAAAAAAAAAAGAAAAAAAAAAGUGGCCUAAAAUUUUCAGCUCAGAUCCCGUCCGGUUAAGCGUGGGCGGGUGUGGGCUGCGCCGCAAUUUGGGGUUAGGAGUGCGAUGCGGAUUGGAGGAUGUCGGGGGAUUGGGAAGAAGACGUGUGCAAGAAGGCGCUGGUGCUGGUGGAGGAGCUGUGCUUCGGCUCGGGAGGAUACAGCCAUAGCGCCAGCUGUGAGGAGUUCAGCUACAUGAUGAGGGGACCCAACAGACAUAUCGACACAGAGAUAUCCGUCAGCCUCCUCUCCGUCAUCGUGACGUUCUGCGGCAUCGUGCUCCUCUCCGUCUCACUCUUCGUCUCCUGGAAGCUCUGCUGGUUGCCAUGGAGAGACAAAGAGGGCGGCGGCCUCAGCCUGACAGCCGGGCUCCUCCCUGGAGGGGCGGGGCUUCACGGGGUCGCCGGAGGCUCCUCCCUCCUCCCCCCUUUAUUGCAGAGGAAAGACACGCACUCCUCGUCCUCUCUUUAUCCGUCUCUGGCCCAGGCCGGCCAACACCACCCACACUUCUCCGACCUGAUGGCGGUGGAGGGCGGAGGGGCCAUGAUGGUGGGUGGGGUCGUGGGCGGGCCUCAGGAAAUGCAGGAGCACUCCUACCUGGACAUGGACUCCUACCCGAACAACGCAGGGAAUAUUAAACUGAGCCAGACGUCUCCCGAACUGCCGCCACCUGAUGGAGGAUCUGCUGCUAAAGAUCUGGCCAACGCCCACUCGCAGCAGGUCGCCCCCAGGCCCAAGCCCAUGACUCAUCAGCUCUCCAGUCCUGAUUUCCACGCAGAGGAGAAGAGCGAGCAGGUGACCAGCAUCGGGCAGAUCAAGCCGGAGCUGUACCGGCCGCGGCAGGGUGAGCAGGGCGACGGCAAGCAGGGCGACACGUGCGGAAAAAUCAGCUUCCUGCUCCGCUACGCCUUCAAUACGGAGCAGCUGGUGGUGAAGAUCCUCAAAGCUCUGGACCUGCCAGCCAAAGACGCCAACGGUUUCUCGGACCCGUACGUGAAGAUCUACCUGCUGCCCGAUAGGAAGAAGAAGUUUCAGACCAAGGUGCACAGGAAGACCCUGAACCCGGUGUUUAACGAGACGUUCCAGUUCGGCGUGCCGUUGGCCGAGCUUCACUCGCGCAAGCUGCACUUCUCCGUCUAUGACUUCGACCGUUUCUCCAGGCACGACCUGAUUGGUCAGGUGGUUGUGGAGAACCUGCUGGACUUCAGCGAGGGCAGCGGGGACAAGCCCAUCUGGAGGGACAUUGUGGAAGGAACGGCGGAGAAAGCUGACCUCGGGGAGUUGAACUUCUCACUGUGUUACUUGCCGACAGCUGGCCGACUAACCGCCACCAUCAUCAAGGCCACCAACCUCAAAGCCAUGGACCUGACCGGUUUCUCAGACCCAUACGUGAAAGCGUCUCUUGUGUGUGACGGGCGCAGGUUGAAGAAGAGGAAGACGUCCAUUAAGAAGAACACGCUGAACCCCACCUAUAACGAGGCUCUGGUGUUCGACAUCCCCAACGAGAACAUCGAGAGUGUCUCGCUCAUCAUCGCCGUCAUGGACUACGACUGUAUUGGCCAUAACGAGGUGAUUGGGAUGUGCCGUGUAGGCAGCGAUGCUGAAGGCCCUGGCAGAGAGCACUGGACGGCCAUGUUGGCAAAUCCCCGCAAACCCAUCGAGCACUGUCACCAGCUGGUGGAGGAAAAAUCCAUUAACACUUACGUUUCCAAGACAGCCUCGCCAAAACCGCACAUCGUGGUGGACAGUCCUCACUCCGACUAGACACGUGGGUCUGCAUUGUCGUCGCUCCAGACCUUCAUCUUUUCCUCUCAUCUGUGAAUAAAUCUCUCUAUCAAGCGAAAGAAGCGGAAAACAGACACUGCUGCAAACCCGACACAACACACAACACACAACACACACACACACGAGUAGUCUAUAGACCCGCUACACACUCGUACACACAUACACACACACACGCACACACAUGUACACGUACACAAACACACACACACACACACACACACACACACGAGCAGGUACACACACCUCAGUGGAAGGCGUGGUUUAUUCAGGGGGGAAAAACACGAUGCACAUUCCCAAAUCGAAAAAAUGUGUUUAUUUACUUAUUUAAAACUGAGCCUGAGAGAGAAAAAAAAACAACAACAGAUUUUUAAAAGAAGUUAUAGAUGUAAUUUCACUAUGGACCAUUAGGGUGUGUGUGGUGCGUGAGUGCAUCCGUGUGUGUGUGUGUGUGUGUGUGUGUGUGUGUUUAGGGGGAAAAAAAAUGGCUGUAGUAUAUCACUAGUCAGUUUUCACAGGGGCGGAGAAAAAAAAAUCUCUCUGGAGAGGAGGACUACUUUUGCCUCGCGUCAGGAGGACGGAAAACGAGGACGGACCCGUCGGCUGAAAGCAUGCUGCGCAUCCUCUAAAUGCGUCCUCCUCCUCUCACGCUCCGGGAUCGACAGCGAGCUUUUUAUUUUUCUAUCCAUCUUGCCAUCCCAUCCAACCGUUUCUUUCUUUCUUUCUUUCUUUCUUUUUCGAUCCACGUCUCUAUUCUGUAGAACGGACUGUGCUUGGAGCGAU